CUAAUAUCGCUAUUCAACUUUUGGCUUGGCUUUGUUCCUACGAGUAGAAAACUUUCCUAUUAACCUCCAAAUUUGCCUUUUGUUGAGGUUAGCUAAUCCAAAUUCCCAAUUUCUUCUACAAUCCAUGAUUGAUUCCACUUCUGGCUAUUCACAUCUCUCUUCCGAUUUCAAUCUUCAGUUUAUCCAGAUUCGUGAAUGUGUGAUUUGCUUGAUUGAACAAAUUAAUUUCAUCAUACUUUUCCAUCCAGUUCACGCGGUUUCCUCUUUCUUCUCUCCUUUGUGUUGAUUUUAUUCGAGUUUUAGGGAUCAAUAAUCAAUCGAAGAUGUUUACAAGGAUUUUCGGCAAACCUAAAGAGGGAACAACCAGUGCUGUGGCUACUUUGGACAAAUUGAGUGAGACUCUUGAAAUGUUGGAGAAAAAGGAGCAGGUUCUUACGAAGAAAGCUGCUGCUGAGGUUGAAAAGGCUAAGGAGUUCACCAGAGCAAAGAACAAGCGUGCUGCUAUAACAUGUCUGAAGAGGAAGAGAUUAUAUGAACAACAAAUUGAGCAGCUUGGAAAUAUGCAGUUGCGAAUCCAUGAUCAGAUGAUAUUGCUUGAAGGGGCUAAAGCAACAACUGAAACUGUUGAUGCUUUAAGGUCUGGUGCAUCUGCUAUGAAGGCUAUGCAAAAAGCAACAAACAUUGAUAAUGUUGAUAAAACUAUGGAUGAGAUCAAUGAACAGACAGAGAACUUGAAACAGAUACAGGAAGCUCUCUCCGCCCCAAUUGGUGCUGCGGCUGAUUUUGAUGAGGAUGAAUUGGAAGCAGAACUUGAAGAGCUAGAAGGUGCUGAACUGGAGGAGCAACUUUUACAGCCAGCUACUACUGCUCCUGCCGCACCCGUGUAUGUUCCAUCCGGAAAACAACUGGUACGCCCGGCACCUCAGAAGCAGACUGCUGAAGAGGAAGAGCUUGCUGCUUUGCAAGCUGAGAUGGCACUGUAGAGAGUUAUUUUGGGAAUGAAAGACAGCCAGACAGGUGGGGUCCUCAACGGUCACCAUGGAUGUAGCUGUAGCCUGUAAUGCUAAUAAGCUCGAUUGACUAUUAGUGCUGGAAGGUUAAUUUAUUACCCCAAUCUUGGAUUUUUGGUAAUAACUAAUAACCUAAACUUGUACAGAUUCUGUGAACAACUUGUUCUCAUUGUAAUUUUUUUUUUCUUAUAAACACUGUAAUUUUUCUGUCAACCUUAUUAUUCUGUAAUGAGUCUAAUAUUGCAUAUUAUAUUAUCUUAUCAUAUUUUCUCUAGUC